CUUCUAAGGAAUCUUAAAGGUGUAAUUCAUGAGACAGAUAUAAGGGGAACCACUCGCUUUACCAGUUGAAUUGAAAAAUUUAGAUAGCUACAACUAUAACCAUGACUGAAGAGUAUAAUCCGAAGCAGUAUCUUCCUACCAUUGACGCCAUACUAAGUGUUGCUGAUCUAGAGAAAAUCACGGUGAAAAAGAUUCGAAAUGCAUUACAGGAACUCUUUGGGAUUAACUUGCAGCCCCAUAAACAAGAUAUCAGUGAUAUAAUUAUGGAAAGAUACUUUGAUCUUCUCGAGAAAAGAAAGAACAAAGUGGAACCUCCUCCAUUAUCAAAAGAAGAUAUAGAACGACAAGAUGCCUUGAUGGCUAGCCAAUUGCUGAAAUCGACCAUAAGAGGACCAGUGACUAGAGGAAGCGGUAAAGCAACCCCCAGGAAACCAAGGGCGAAGAAGAACGCUGCCGGUGAAAAGAAACGUAAGGCCCCUAAUAACGGUUUCAACCAGGCAUUAUACUUAUCGCAAGAUUUGCAAAAUCUUUUCGGGGUCGAAUCGCUUCCCAGACCCCAAAUAGUCAAACAAAUGUGGACCUACAUCAAGGAUAAUAAUCUCCAAAACCCAAACGAUCGAAGACAAAUCUUGUGUAACGAUACUCUUUACAAAAUCUUCAAGAAGAAAACCGUUGGUAUCUUUGAAAUGAAUAAAUUACUUACUUCUCAUAUCUUCAAACCAGACGAAAUCGGUGAUACCAAAUCAGUCGGGGAACUACAAGCAAAACCUCCUCCUCCUCCCUCAUCGAAACCCAACGGGAAGAAGUCUGCAGACUAUGUCGACGAAGAGGAUGACGACGACGAUGACGACCAAGAACUAGGUGACCCUGAUGAAGAUGAUUCAGAAGAAUCCGAUGAGGAUGCUGAUUGAAAAAAAAAAAAAGAAAAUAAUCAGAAACUUGAACAUUUGGGUAAUCUCUCUCUCAUCUCC